GAGCAGGAGCUGCUGGGCACAGUCCCCCUCUCUGGACUGUUCUCUGGGUAUUCUCUACAGUCUGACACAGUGCUCCUGUGAAAUCUGCACUCAAAGAGGUUUUUUUUCUCCCCUAGCGAUGCCUCAGGUUCAAGACGGGGCUUGUCCCGGUCAGGAAGGUGCCUCUUCUAAGUUUGCAGUGAUUCAAGAUAUGGAGGGUGAACACAACUGGAAUGGUGAGAAUGCAGAGGAGCCCCUGAGUCACCAGGAUGGAUCAGAAACAAGGAAGACCCUCAGAAAACAUCUGGGCAACUGGUUCAGAUCCCGUGGAGGGCUGACUGUGCUCCUGGUGCUGUCUGUGCUCCUGAACGUGGUGGCCGUGGCUGUGCUGUCAAGAAAAAGUCAUGGAGAGAUUCCAGUUACACCUAAGGGUCCACAGUUUGUGGCUUGUCCUGAGGACUGGAUCGGGUACAACAGGGUCUGUAACUACUUCUCAUGGGAUUGGAGGACCUGGGAGCAGGCUCAGCAUCGAUGCUCCGAGCUCGGGGCCUCCCUGGCCGUGCUCAGCGACAAGGCAAUGGACCACCUCCUCUCUCCCUCCCCGGACCACGUCUUCCGCCUCAAUGGCAACCUGGAUUACUGGCUCGGGCUGCGGAGAUGGGGCGAGAGGUUUCAGUGGGUGGACGGCAGCAGCUACAACUCCUCGCUGGAGGUCCUGGGCAAUUCAGAGUGUGUGUACCUGGCGGACCAUAAACUCAGGAGUGAGAACUGUUCAAAGCAGCUGCCGUAUCUCUGCAGCAAACCCCAACCUCACCUGUAAUGGAAGUGAGGGAGAAAGGACCUUCUCCAUCCUGAAGACACAGCUUUCCUUCUUCCACUAGCCCAGGGAUGUCCUUCUUCGGGUGAAUGUUUACUUUGUGACACAUCUCAGCACAACCUCAGGAACCUCAGUGCCUUUUGUCAUUGUAAUCUCAAGGUGAACCUGCAAGGACAUGAUGUGGAAGUGGAUGUGUGCCUUCAUGGACUAGGGGUUUCUUUCUCCACAAGUUUUCCUAAUUUUCUACGACUGUUUAUAUUGGUGUAGGUGCAUAACACCAUGGUUCUUUAAUGUGCGCAUGUGAAGUAUUUUUACCCUCUAAGGAGUCUUUCUGCUGUGCCUUUUGCAAUCGGAUAUGUCUAUCUCAUAUUGGCCUCAUUAGCCACCAGCGUGCCUGUAACACAUGUGGAUAGAGCCUUCCUUAAUCUUCGUUCGUGAAGCCCAGCCAUGACAAAUGAAGUAUUUAGCCGCUGCUGAAAGCUAUAUGAACCUAUGAAUCUGUGAAUGUAGAAUGUCCUGAUUAUGGCCUCAGCAGAGUUACUGUAUCAGUGCUGCCGCUGUGCUUCUCUCUCCUUCUCCUUUUUUUACAUUUAUAUUAAAGUUUGUACGACCCCA